AUGAUGAAUGACUCAAACCUUAUUAAUGUUUUACUAGCAAAUGAAAAACUCACUAGUGAUAAUUUUAUGAAAUGGAAAUCAAACAUGAACAUUGUGUUGAAUUGUGAGUUUUACAAGUUUGUCUUUACUGAGGAAUGUCUUGAGGUCCCUACUGCCACUGCUCCCAAAACUACAAGGGAGAAGUAUGAUGCUUGGAUUUUAUCCAACAACAAGGCUAAAUGCUACAUGCUUGCUAGUAUGAGUGAUGUACUCAGAAAGAAGCAUGAGGACAUGGAGACUGCAUAUGAAAUAUGGGAGUCUCUUCAAGCCAUGUUUGGACAGCAGUCCGACCAAUGCAGACAUGAGGCUACUAGAGCCUAUAUGAACAUGAGAAUGAAGAAAGGAAAUUUUAUCAUAGAACAUGUUCUAAACAUGAUCAAAACACUGCAUGAUGCAGAAAUUCAUGGAGCAACCAUUUAUUAG